GGGGCGGGAAAGGGACGGCAAAUGCCGAGGGAGGGCACAGAGAGCAGUUGGCGUUGGAGAGGUCAUCUACCACUGCGGCCACUUGGCCUCCGGCUUUCUCUCUGGCCCUUAGUCCCCCUUCCCCUCCCCUCCUUUUGUUUUUCUCUUCGCCAUGUCUCAUUCAUCGGGAUCCUCAAAUAACAUCGUCGGCGUUCACUAUCGCGUGGGCAAGAAGAUUGGAGAGGGCUCCUUUGGUGUCAUCUUUGAAGGUGUCAAUCUGCUCAACUCGCAGACCGUCGCUAUCAAGUUUGAACCAAGGAAGGCCGAAGCACCUCAACUACGAGACGAAUGUCGUUCGUAUCGUAUCCUUGCGGGAAUGCCUGGCAUCCCGCAAAUCUAUCACUUUGGUCAAGAGGGCCUCCAUAACAUCCUGGUUAUAGACCUUCUGGGUCCUAGCUUGGAGGAUCUUUUCGACAUGUGUGGUCGCAAGUUCUCGAUCAAGACUGUAUGCAUGGCAGCGCGGCAGAUGAUCACUCGCGUGCAAACAAUACACGAGAAGAACCUGAUCUACCGUGAUAUCAAGCCUGACAACUUCCUGAUAGGCCGUCCAGGGACUAAGAACGCAAAUGUCAUUCACGUCGUUGACUUCGGCAUGGCCAAGCAAUAUCGCGAUCCCAAGACGAAACAGCACAUCCCAUAUCGAGAACGAAAGAGCUUGAGUGGAACAGCGCGGUAUAUGAGUAUAAACACUCACUUGGGACGAGAGCAAUCGAGACGAGACGAUCUUGAGUCACUAGGACACGUCUUCAUGUAUUUCCUCCGAGGCAGUCUACCAUGGCAAGGUCUCAAAGCUGCCACGAACAAGCAGAAGUACGAGAAGAUCGGGGAGAAGAAGCAGACCACAUCGAUCAAGGACUUGUGCGCAGGCUUCCCUGGUAUUCCAUUCUACAUAACCUCAUUACUUAGAAUCGGCGCUUAUCUUUUUGUUACAGAGGAGUUCGGCAUCUACCUCAACUAUGUCCGGAAGCUUGGUUUCGAAGAGACUCCCGAUUAUGACUUCCUAAGAGAACUAUUUGCCAAGGUCAUGAAGAACAACGGUGAUGUCGAUGAUGAUAUAUAUGACUGGAAUCUUCUCAAUGGCGGAAAGGGCUGGGAAACGUCACUGAACACUGGUGCUGCCGCUGCUGCGCCGGAUCGUCGUAGAGAAACGGAACGUCAAGCUCGAGACGAACGACGGCGUAUUUCACAGGCCGGAGGUGUUGGCGUCGUGCCUCCUUCACCAGUUGUGGUUCGCACUGGUUCAAAGCAGCAGCGGGAUAUCCCUACAGCUUUAACACCAGGCGCUGGCAUUGCUGCGGGCCAGGCCACUCCUUUAUCCGCCGCUGCACAAAUUAACGUUCCUGUUGGCACGACGGGCCGUCGGAUGAGCCAACAAGCCAGUACGCAACAACAUCAUCCAUACGCGACCGCCGGAUACGAUUCAUAUGGACGUCCCGAUCGAGUAGACGAUUAUUCCGCUAGCCAACAAGCUCAAUAUGGCCGUUCAUCACCUAUGGUGUCGACGGUCAAUGCGGGACCGGUACCACCUGCGGUUUCAAAUGUUGGCGCGAUGAGAGGGGAUGUCAAUGUUUCUAAUGGGGGUGAUUAUCACGGCCAGCAGGCAGAGGAGCGGCCGAAGUUGACAUUUUGGAGGAUACUUACAUGUCAAUGCGCGUAGACAUUCCCAUGCUCUCCUUGCUCAUUCCCCUUUUUUUCAUUCUGAUCUACAUGAGGAUUCUUGGUCUAUGGUGUCUUGUCUGCUCGUUCUUUGGUCGCACUCUCGUUUUCAUUGCUUGCUCAUACGUCCCGGAUAUACCAGCCAUCUUCACGUCUCUCGCUCCCUCUCUCUCUCUCUCUCUCAACGCCAAGCUCUCACAUUUCUUUAUCUUUUUCUUCUUCUCUUCGUCCAUUUGACAUUCUCAACCUUACAUCUCUCUCUUAGCGAUAUCUAAUUAUCUCAUUCAAUCGUCUGCAUACAUUUUUCUCUUACGUUCAAUUUAUACGUUGGGUUCGGAUUGACAACUUACAUAACUUACGCUGCAUUUUAGCCCAGAUGUACAUAUGGAUUUACUC